AUGACCGCUUUCUGGGAUGGAUUCACGCCCUUGAAGCUGACUUUUGAGCCGACUCUAAAGGAAGCUGCGGCUCCCUCUGCUGCUGCUCAGGUGCAUGAUGGCUUUCUGGACGGCUACAAGUCUGUGAAGCCGCGGCUCCUUCUGCUGCUCAAAGCUAUUCUCGCAUCUUCUAGCGAAAAGUAUCACAUCAUGGUCACGGGGCACAGCCUGGGAGGUGCUCUCUCCACUCUCUUCACAUACGACCUUGCCCAGUCCGACCUCAAGAAGCAGCACGGAUUCACCCUCUCUCUCUACAACUUCGGCUCUCCUCGUGUGGGCAACCAUGCCUUUGCUGCUCGCUUCAACCAGCUUGUGGGUGACAGCUGGCGCAUCGCCAAUGACCAUGAUAUAGUGCCGCGUGUCCCCUACGUGUUCUACAAGCACGUGGCCACUGGGGUGGUGCUUCGACCCGACUCGCAGAAGUUGGAAAAGGAUGCCCUCCUUAAGAAACGACUCGAUACCAUCACAACAGUUAGCUUCCUGCAAGCACUCGCAGCCCGCAUACUUCCUCUCGCUGCUCAAGGUGAGCUGUUUGGCGGUGGUGUGUCGGUGGUGGAGUGCUGGGGUGAAGGUGGGUUAAGACACAAAGAGUCUGAAAGCGCCAGCAAGCACUCGCAGCCCGCAUACUUCCUCUCGCUGCUCAAGGUGAGCUGGUUGGCGGUGGUGUGUCGGUGGUGGAGUGCUGGGGUGAAGGUGGGUUAA